AGAUAUAAUCCCGGUUGCCAUUCCAGUGACAUCUGGACCUCGCAUGCCAAUAAGCCUAUGACGGAGGAACACUGGGGCCUAAUAAGUUGCGAUGGAAUGGCGCGCCGUCGAUCGAAAUCAAAUUGUUCUGUACGCGAAGAGUUGUCACAGGAGGAAAUUUUCUGCAAGAUUUAAUUAGUUUCUCGAUCAUGCCUCCAAAGAAGCCAUCUCCUGCAACAAAGAUCACCCCUAAAACUACAACACAAAAGCCUGGUACAGGCAGAGGUAUUUCAGGUAAGAAAACAAGCACAACAGCAGUGAAACCAGGAGCGGCUGGAAGCAAGGGGAACACUACAAAGAAGGGCAGCACGUCUCCCAAAAAAACACUAGUCAAAGGCAAGGAGAACACCGCAGUAUCAAAGACACAAGGUAAGAAGUGGACAAAGCAAGAUGAGUCUGCAGUAAUUGUUCAGAAAUAUGUCAGGAGACACUUGGCCAAAAAGGAAAUGGUGAAAAGGAAAAAAGCUAAGCAAGAAUAUGAAGAGCUGAUGGACAAGAUUCAAAAGGAGGCAUGGCUGAAGCUGGUUCAGAUAGAGAGAGAAGAAGCUGAAAAAGAAAGAAAAAAGGAAGAGGAAGAGAGAAGAAAGAGAAAAGAAGAGACAAAGAGAAGAACUAGAAUACUUGAGGCUGCAUUUGAUGGUGAUAAUGAUGAGAUUUUAGCUGUGUUGGACGAGGCCUAUGAAGAAGACUCCAAAAGAUCAGACCUAUCUGAACCUGCUCGUCAAUCCCUCAUAGCUAGGCAUCAGAUGGCUCUUGUGGACUGUGAAGAUGCAAACAACAACACCCCUUUGUCAGAAGCAGCAGGAGGGGGCCAUGUGGAGACAAUAAUGCUUCUGAUCCAGCGAGGAGCUGUGCUGAAUUCCAGGGGAAGAUAUCAACGAGUACCACUUUGGCGCGCUGCCUUUGGAGGACAUCUUCAGGCCGUCCAGACCCUUCUAGAGCAUGGUGGUGAUCCUAGGCUCAUAGCAGAUGAUGGCACAAAUGCAAUACAGGUGGCAGCUCUACCAGCUGUUGAACAGGUUUUACAGGAGUGGGACAUUAAGCAAACAGAUGUUUUACUAGAAAAACUGGAAGCUGAUAGAAGUGCUAGACAAGAGCAAGAAAGAAAGUUAAGAGAUGCAGAGAACAGUAGACUUGAGAAGGAGUUAAAUAAUGCAGAAAAAGAGAAUCAAGCUUAUCAGAAAGAGUUAGCUAAAGCACACUGUGAACUAAACAAAAGAAUUUAUGAACAUGACAAGUGCAUGGCUGAAGGAAAGACUGACAAACAUGAGGUGACCUUGCAGGCAGUACAUGAUGCUGAGGCAGUGCUUGAACAUGCAAGGAAAAAAGCAGAAGCAUCAAAAGAAGCAUUAGCUCAGGUGAAACUUGAACUUAGAGAGCAGCAUAAAAAGGAGGACAACUCUGCAGCUGACAUAGACGUAAAGGGAACGAAAGUUAUGAUAAAAGACCUCGAUGAUGUAUUGUUCAGAGAUGUUGGUGGCAAGAUUGCUGCAGAUGGAAGGUGGCCCCUACUGAUAGAUUCAUCUCCUCAGACCUCCACUUUCUUGCGCUACCGCGACACAAAUUUCUUAAAUGCACUAAAUCCCAAGCAGAUGGAGCCUGAUGUGAUUCGUCUGGCACUCUUAGGAGCUUUGAGAUAUGGGAAGCCAGCUGUGCUGGAUAUGAUGGAUGUAGACAUGUUUGAUACUGUCACUAUGGUAUUUGAUGGAGUCCAGAAGGGACUCAUGGCCUCACUCAUGUCUAAAGAGCUUCUGAAAGAUAAUAAAUUUUUAGAACUUGUCCGACCAGAAGAUGGAGAGGAGUACAGUAAGACAAGUUUCUUAGGAGCAAGAAUAGAGAAAUUUAUGUUUAUCAUAAUUACUCAACAAUGGAAUCCAGCAGAACAUUUACUUGAACAGACUUACCCAAUAAGAGUAAUCAUCCCUUCCAGGCCAGAUUUAUAAGAUUCUGUGCUAAACUUGUUUCUUCAUGUAUCACUCACUUCUUCUUCAAUGCAAAUUAAGGGACUUUUUAACUGCAGGUAACAUGUGGGUGCUUUGUAAAGUACAUAACUUAUAUCAAGCUACUUGCAAGUUAAUAUCAGUGGUGUAUCCAACUAUAACAAAGUGGAAUUGCCUAGGACUAAAAUCGUCAUGGUUUUGAUGUCCACAAUCUUUCUCUCACUUCAUGUUUCAAGUAUCAUUCUGUGAUCUGAAUUACUAUUCUAAUAAGCAGUCUCUUAUGAAUAUGGAAAUUCUGGACAUACAGCCCUUCUUUCUUAGUUCUCCUUGCAUACACAAUACCAUGCAUGCGUCCUCAUUCUUAAUGUAGACUUUUAUGUCAAAACUGAAUUGUUCUGAUGAAAUAACAAUAAAAUAAACUGAAUCUUUUGUUU